AUGCUCUGGGCCGGGUUCUACGAUGGCGAUCCCCGUGGUUUGACCCAGAGGGCCUUGCAGGAUUUCGCGAACAUGGUGGACACGAGCAUCGUCCACCCCGGCAGCAUUUUGGGGAAAGUGGUUCAGAAGAGCAAUGACCUCCUUGGCUGCAGAGGCGACAAUGGGGCUUCGAGGCCCUGCUGUUGCGUGCCAGGGACGAGAGUGAUAGACAAAGGGCCGGUCGUGGGGUUUUGGACCGGCGCAAGCCGUUUCUUCGUGCAUGGCAUGGCUUUAAAGAGUCAGGCCUCGGUGGUGGCUGUCCUGAACAAAGGCCUGGAUCCAGAGAAGGAGUGGUCGCUCCACAAGUCCGUUUUUUGGAACUACGAGCUGCCGACACUGGAGUUUGAAAUAGCAGAUCCCGAGCACUUAGACUUUCGUCCGCAACUUCUACUGGUCGACAUGCGGGGCACCUGCGAGGACACGGCCAGGUUGGUGACGGGGAAACUGGCUCGUUACCGCCACCAGAAAGUUAAGGCGUGGUUAAUAGCCAAGCCCAUCAUUUGUUUCGAUUGUCCCGAGGGCCAAUGUGACCUCGACCGGGCGUUGGCAACCCGUGUCCGAUCGUGUUUGGGCGAACAUGCGCCCAGUUGUCCUAGAUUCGAGUACUGCACUUAG